GACAACUCGGAAGAUUCCAACAAACAAUGGAACUAACGAAAAGAAGAAAAUUGGAUAAUUUCACAGCCGAACAUGAUACUACAUCUUUAGACUACAUCGAACUGCAAAAUAUGGAAAUGGAAUCUCCGAUUUCAUCAACCACUGACAUUCAAAGUAACGAUGAGGCGACCGGCUCAAACAUUUUGAACCCACGCAUUGCACAGGUGGAUGACACUUAUCGGGUUCCUAGUCUAUUAGAGGAAGAAGAUACCCAUGAGUUACAAAUAUCGUUCAAUGUGGAAGAAGGGCUUCCUGACAAAACCGUCAGUCGAAGAAUUGUCGCAGUUAGUUACCAUUCGAUUCGAUUCCUCAGAUUUUAUCCAAUAAAAGAUUGUAUGGAAACUACAUAAACGCAAUAUUUCACCUGCAAUUUUCUUGUUUUGUUCAUACUUCAAGAUGGACUCUUUGUGACCUUGACGUCACGGUCACAUAUCGUUUUGUUCGGGUCGUUUCGCGAGUGAAGUACGACUGUCGGACUUUGACUAUAAUUUCUGAUUUUUGUAUUCCUUUAAUGCAAUGGAUCCCAUAUAGACUUUUGAUCGUAAAGACAAACCUGAUCGAUUGAUAUCAUAAAUGAAAAUUAGUCAUCUAGCCUAUUAUCGAUAAGUAUAUAUGUUUUUCUUCAUCAAAUUAUCAAUAAUUUUCAGUUUUUAGAUUGUUCCCUCUAUAAACUCCUAAUAGUCUACCUUGGUGCCAAAUUUAAAGUUUCUAGGUCAGCUGGAAGUGGGUUAGGUUUUUGAUCUAUUAGUCAGUCAGUCAUAAAAAAUCCGGUUUUAAAACGUUAAUUUAUGAAUAACUGUUAGAGCUACGUUUACGAAAUUUUGUAUUCUAGGCAAGAUAAGGGGCUUGAAUAAAUGUGCAAAAUUGCAUGUGAGUAGGUAAAAUUGGUUUCAAGUUGUGAAGUGGUUUGUUUAACCCUCGUGCCUUGAAACCCUCGCAAAGCUCGAGAUUACAUUUUCGGUAUUGAGAAGGACCAAUAUUGAAAUAUCCGGAUCCCGGGAUUUAUUAUUCGUUGUUAGGUUGAAACUUGGUUAGGGCAUGCAAUAUCGGAUCAUUCUCAAUCCCGGGAUUGAUUUCCGAUAUUGCAUGUCAAUCCCGGGAUUUCAAUAUUAAUACCGGUAUUUUGAUAUUAAUUCGGAUUUUUGCGAUAUACGAGAAAAAAAGCUAAUAUAUUUGACAAUAGAGUAGAUCCGAGUACCUAUUUGAUAUAAUUUCAAUUUGAG